AAAACUUGUUGAAAAAAGAAAUAAUAAUAAAUAAUCUAAAACGGGUUCAAUAAUAUUUCAAUAUGUUCAAAUUAAUUUCGGAAAGUUGCGUAUCCACCAUAUUUCUACUUCUUCUGUUCUCCGAUUCGUCGAAUUACGCUUCCGCUGCCUGCAAUUCCUGCUCUGUUACGACUAAUUUAGCCUGCGUUUCGAAAACGGAGUUCUCAGUGUGCGUCAAUGGCUUACCAACGGGAACAGCGUCUGGUUGCCCCGAUGGAUAUAUUUGCUCGACAACUGCGGCCAGCAUCUGCGUAUCGAGUACCGGUACGAGUAUAGUAGGCGAUUGCGAAGAAUGCAAAACCUGUGAUUCCUCCCAUACCUUUGCCUGCACUGGUGUACGCACGUACGCCCUUUGUUUAGGCACAGACUCCAUUAGUGAUUUGGGUGGCAGUUGUGCGCCCUAUCAUGUAUGUAGUAUCGACUAUCCGUACAUAUGCGGCAAUGAAACUUUGGGGAUUACACCCACGUGUUCGACUGCUGAUGGAACAGAUACCACAACUACAACUGAGACUACCACAACGGCGAUUGCGACGACUACUUCAGGUUCGGUAAUCGUGACCGAUCCAGUUGCAUAUUGCCAAACCUUACAACAAAGUGGUCGCUUUCCUGUCGGUAAUGAACUUUCGACAACCUGUAAACAGUAUGUCUACUGUUUCGUAAAUAACAGCGUUUGGAGUGGCGUACUCUACUACUGCCCGGGUGAUACUUAUUUCGAUAGUACUACACGAUAUUGUUCACCGACAAUACCGGCCCGUUGCAGCAGUUCACGACGGUCAUUGUAUCUGCGAGGUUAUGAAAUAGUUUUCGAUGAUGGCGAAAUAAUCGAAUGAAUAAUACCGAUUAUGAGAGGUUACACAGUUGAGCAGUUAUAAAUGGAAUAUGAGGUCGAGGAAUUUUGUAAAGGAGGGAACUUUGUAGUGAAAGUUCUGAAAAUAUGAAGUGUUCGCUAUUAUGACGUCAACGUAACAGUACUUGUUGUCAAAACUGCCACAAACUACGUAACUCUGUAUUCUCUCACAAAGGUCGCUCAUUAUUACAUAUCUUAUUAGUUAAACUACCAGUUCGGUUAGGUUAGGUACCUAACACUGACCUAACCUAACCUAAAGUACCAGUAUUAUGCAUUUAAAUAAAUAAGAACAAGCUGAAACAGUACUUUGAAAAAAACUUAUGAAAA